AACGCAUUUAUCCUUUUUACCCAAAUUUCAUCGAGUUAUUUUCUUAAAUUACUCGAAAGUCUCAAUUAUUCAUCGUGGCUCAUUCUCAAGAUAAAAAGAUAGUUAACCCUCCGUGGUCUAUGGCUGCAAAAACUAAUAAUCUGCAGCACCACCAACAACCUCAACAGCAGGAAUGGCAACAGUACCCUCCGUACUCUGUAGCUCCUCCCGUUAUUGCUUCUUCUUCUGCUUCUGUUGGCCAAACCCCAGAACAACAAUAUGCUUCUUAUUAUCAGCAAUACCCUGCUCAAACACCAGAGCAACAAGCUUAUUAUCAUCAAUAUUAUUCUCAGCAGCAGCAACAACAACAACAACAAUAUAAUCCACUCCCUCCUGGUGUAGAAACUGCACCAGGUGUAAAUCAACCCACCGCUCCUCCAGGCACAGGUAAUUAUGAGCAUAACUAUUCUCAAUAUAACGGUUACUAUGCACAGCCUCAAGCUGCUUAUAAUCAACCUCACGUAAGUACUACUCAUCAGGCCCGGCCUCCUCCUCCUCCUCCUCCACAACAGCAACAACAGCAGCACUAUCCUCCUCCUCAGCAACAGAGUACCUAUUAUGCACAGCCAGCUAGUUAUGAUGCAUCUAGGUAUCCUGCUACGCAAACCACGUACCAAGCAGCACCCGUUGUAAAUAAACCAGGCUUUUCUAAUCCUCCUCCAUGGUCCAAAAAACCUGCUGAACAUAAACCUCCACCACCAACCACUGCUUAUCAACCUCCACCUCCACCUCCUGUACCUGUCGAUACUAGAACCACCGAAGAAAAGAUCAAUGAAAAAAAUGCAAUGGCUUCCGAAUCUUGGCCUCCUUCUUUACAGUAAAGCUGUGAUGUAUAUCCAUGUUUUAUGCCUUGACUAAAUUUUUUUUUUAUAGACAAUAUGUUCAAGAUGUAUUCUCCAAUUGUCUACCUAAUAAGAGAGACCAAGCUGAAUUGCAAUUACGUAAUUUGAUCAUGGAAAGUCAUCGUGCAGGUACACUCAUGACGACAGACUGGAGUGAAAUGGAUUUACCCAGUGCGUG